AUUUAUACUCAAAACAUUGCAUAAUUAUGAUUAAUAACAAAAUUGUAUACAGAGCCGAGAACUGGUUUAACAACCAUUUAAUAACAUUUUUCAGCAUUUGAAGAUAAUGGUGAAAUCAUGUUGGAUAAACGUGUAAAUUCUCUGUCAGAAAUAUAAUCCAACUACUAGACCACUGUGCGCCUUCAAGCUGUUCACGUCGAUCGGAGACCUAUUUACUCUCGGACAACAACAUUAUUCAGACAAGAUGGAUGUGAAUAUAAAUUCUUCUGUAAUAAAUGUUACCAACUCUCUGGAAACAGGCACGAACGACAUAUUGUUAGCAAUUAUUAUAUCUGGAUGGAUAUGUGUAGCAGAGGGGAUAUUAACAGUCAUUUUCAAUGGUCUUGUAAUCGUUUUGUUAGUGAGAAGGAAUAUUAAGUCAAACAUGUCUUUCCUUUUGUUAAACUUAGCUAUUGCAGAUUUGUCAGUAGCAGUGCUGCACGACUUUCCAAGGGCAGUUCAACAACAUUAUAACUGGACAUAUGGACGCUUCUUAUGUGUGAGCUUCAUGUAUACACAGGAUGUCGCUCUGUUUGCUUCGACAUUUUUAUUAGUAUCCCUGAGUGUUGAUCGACUUGUAGUAUUAGCUCGUCCACUAUGGACAGGUAGACAGAAGAUUUUAACAAGAUCCUGCAUGGUAUUAAUUCCUUGGAUAACGGCAAUAUAUCUCAGUACACCAUUCUUGAAGAGUGGACUUUAUCGCUAUCGUGGACAAAUAUGGUGUACUCCAUUCUUUGCUGGGUUGUAUGGAAAGGUAUGGCUGCCAAUACGAUCGGCACUUUUAGUUAUUAUUCCAGGUGUUGUCAUGGUAACGAUAUACGGUUAUAUUGCAUAUAUUAUUCGGGUCAGAAAGAGAAACGGUAACGUUACUACUGAUAGCGAAGCACCAGAUGCUUUAAGAACAAAUCAGUCUCGAGCAUUAAGUAAUGCAAUGAAAAGAAGUAUACUCAUAACGUUUGUUGUAGGAAUUGCUUUCAUCUUAUGUUGGCUGCCAUCAACACUGGCGACAUACACAAACUUAGUAUCUUUAAAAAGUCUUGGAGAAGCCUUCUACAUAAUGACAGCUCUAUCUCCACUAAACAGCUUAAUAAACCCAAUAAUUAUUCUUUCAAUAAACCAUAGAAUGUUUAGACCAGGACGAAAAGCAAUUUUGUUAACUAAAUUCACGUUGACAAUGUCAUUAAAAAGUCCCGGUCGUUCACGGCGUGCAUAUGUGAAUGCAUUACCCAAAUUAUAAACAAAAUACAAUCACUGAUGAGUCUUAUGUAGACGAAACGCGCGUCUGGCGUAUUAAAUCAUAUUCCUGGUACCUUUGAUAACUAUUUACACCACUGGGUCGAUGCCACUUCUGAUGGACGUUUCGUUUCCGAGGGUAUCACCAGCCCAGUAGUCAGCACUUCGUAGUUGACAUGAAUAUCAAUUAUAUGGUCAUUUUAAUAAAUUUCCUGUUGACAAAACUUCAAAUUUUUCGAAAAACUAAGGAUUUUCUAAUCCCAGGAAUAGAUUACCAUAGCCAAAUUUGGCACAACUUUUUCGAAUUUUGGGUCAUCAAUGCUCUUCAACUUUGUACUUAUUUGGCUUUAUAACUAUUUUGAUCUGAGCGUCACUGAUGAGUCUUAUGUAGACGAGACGCGCUUCUGGCGUAUUAAAUCAUAAUCCUGGUACCUUUGAUAAUUAUUUAGUGUAACUUUUUCAAUUUACCCAAAUAUUUACUUAUUCGUAAGAUUAACAUAUUUCUGAAAACAGUUAUGUAAGACAUUUUAAACUCUUAUGGUAUUACUGCUUUUGAUUUAAUAUGAAAUGUAUCAAUAUUGUAGUAUUUUUAGGUAUGAAUGAUUUUAUAUAAUAUGUUGUUUGAGUGCUGGAUGCAAAGGUUUGUUUGAGUGCACCACUUCACAGUAGACAAAUGAUGAAUGAGUUACCCUCUUUCAUAUCACCGGGUUUGUACUUACAUGAGCAACACGACGGGUGCCACAUGUUGAGCAGGAUCUGCUAGCCCUUCCGGAGCAUCUGAGAUCACACCAGUUUUCGGUGGGGUUCAUGUUGCUCAGUUUUUGGUAUUCUAUGUUGUUUUGUGUACUGUUGUGUGUCUGUUUGUGUUUUUUUUUAGCCAUGGCGUUGUCAGUUAAUUUCGACUUAUGAGUUUAAAUGUCCCUUUGAUAUCCUUCGCCUCUCUUUUUUAAGUGAAGAAUUCAUUAUUAUUGUAAUCAUGUUUAUUAUUAUUGUAAUCAUAUUUAUCAUUAUUGCAAUCACGUUUAUUAUUAUUGUAAUUAUGUUUUUUUAUUAUUCUAAUCAUGUUUUUUACUAUAAUAAUUGUAAUCAUGUUUAUCAUUAAAGGUAUUAAUUUUU